ACCAUCUCCAUCGAGGUAGACACCACCGUAAACAUGGCCGAUGUUGUCGAUAAAGCCCGCUCCGGAGUUGUGAGCUCUUCGCCUCCGAAUGCAUCAAUGUACGCGUGUAGCUCGCAGUUUGGGCACUUGCUGAGCAGUUCGGCGGACAUCGCGGAGCGGAUCCUUCGCUUCAUGAAUGGACGUCAGCUCAACACUUGCGCCAGAGUGUGCUCGCUAUGGAACUCGACAGCGCAGCGACUGAAGUGCAGACGCGCGAAGUUCUCGCAUUGCUUCGAGAUGCUGAAACGCAAGCGGAAGGCUGCGUCGGGCUCCAGCGGAGAACCCAGCAGCGACAUCUCGGAGGAGGCUGCCGACCGCUUCCUCAGGCAGCUCCGGGGAGCCUGGUGCGAGCCCAGACACGCGCUGGUGUUUGCCACCAGCAAGGCCGGCACGUUCCUGAGUCCUGGCCGCUCCCAGCGAACCUGCACUGAUGACCACCUCGAAGCUGCGAGAGUCAUCGGCUCGCACCUCCCUUCCGCCUGCCACCUCCUCCUGGGGCACGCUUCGGGCGUUGUGGGCACCCCCGGCGACGGCAACCCAACGGAGCUGGAGCGGUGCCAGGGCCUCUCCGGACUACUACUGCCCUCCGUGCUCCCGGACGGAACGCGAGUCCGGCCCUUUGCGGUCACCCAAGCCCACGUCCGGAAGCAGAGUCGCGGCGACGACUGGUACGCCACCGACGAGUUCAAGACCCUGGCGGGACUGCCGGUGGGCGACGCAACACGCGACGUCAAGUGUGUGCUCUGGUUCAUCGGCAGCGACCUGGACGAAGGCGAGAACGACGUUGCCGCCGAGAUGGUGGACGACUUCGUGGCCAGCUGCGGGCCUCACCGCUUCGCGCUCGGCGGCGCCGUGCUUGACUCCCUCGCUGCGGCGCAGGCGGAUCGCGUCGUCUGCGCCGGACUCUGCUUCUCGGGCGACGGGGUUCGGUCGGCGUCGGUCGUGCUUUCGCCGGAGGUUCGGGGCGCACAGGCGGUGGAGAAGGAGCUCCGGCGGCUGAAGGUGGACAGCGGGUUCGGGAGCUGGGGUGCGGAACAGACGCUGGGGUUUGCAUUUGCCUGUGUGGCAAGGGGCGCCGGGCACCACGGCAGGCCGAACGUGGAGGCAGACGCGUUUGCGAGGGUGUUUCCGGGGGUGCCCCUGAUUGGGCUGUUUGGUAACGGGGAGAUCGGGAAUGAGCAUCUCCCGCUGCGCGCAGAUGGUUGCCAUUCCACAAACGAGUCCUGCAUGUACGGGUACACAACGGUGGUUGUUUUGCUCUCUCUAGGGAAGUGAGUUUCGCGAUAUUCCUAAGCUCGUCAUCGGUGCGACAGUUUAUUAAAAUCGCGCGAUGGAGCCUUGAGAACACAAACUUUUUUUUUCCAGAGUAUGUGAUCGAAAUAGAACUUCGGGCAUUAGA